AUAUUUAUCCAUAACUGUUCGGUUCUGUAAAUUUGUUUGCUUCGUGUCUCAAAAUUUUAGGCACGCUGCCGAUUUCAAGAACAUCUGCCUUCGCUUUCUUUUCAAUUCAUCACUCACUUUAAGGCUCAAUUUUUCAUUCCUUUGUUCCAAAUUUUCUGUUUUCGUCCAAUCAUUCAAAAACUAUGAUAAUCUAUGUUUUUGGCCAAAUGUUUGGCCUCAAUCCGCGCUGGACAGGACGGAAAUCGGAGCUGAGCAUCUGAAUUCGCUUGAAAAAUACUUGAGAAAUUUGAUUUAUAGAACGGCGCAGUUUCCCCCAAUUUUCAGGGUUGGAAAUCAUAUUUUGGCUGGAGCGAGUAAUAGAUGGCAACCGUUUGUGGAAUUGCCGCGGUGAUAAACCUGGGUUUGACUCACCCUCCCUCUUCGAAAAACUUCGUCUUUUUUGCUUCCCAUCAUCGGCUGAAGCUCCGAUCUUGCCCGAGGAAGUCAUUAUUCAAAAGAAGAAGCAAUUCUCGCGAUUCGGGGCUGUUCAGAUCCGUUCAAUUGGACGUCUACAUCACGAGUGAUGACGAGGACGAGAUGGGGGAAGGGUUCUUCGAGGCGAUCGAGGAGCUCGAGCGCAUGGCCCGGGAGCCCUCCGACGUGCUGGAGGAGAUGAACGAUAGGUUAUCGGCCCGCGAAUUGCAGCUGGUGCUGGUUUACUUCGCCCAGGAAGGGAGGGAUUCUUGGUGCGCUUUGGAGGUUUUCGAAUGGCUGAAGAAGGAGAACAGAGUGGAUAAGGAGACGAUGGAGUUGAUGGUGUCGAUAAUGUGCACGUGGGUGAAGAAGUUGAUCGAGGAGAGGAGCAGGGUGGAGGAUGUGGUUGAUCUCUUGGUGGACAUGGACUGCGUUGGGUUGAAGACGAGCUUUAGCAUGAUUGAGAAGGUUAUCUCGCUGUAUUGGGAGGCCGGGGAGAGGGAGGAGGCUGUGUUGUUUGUGAAGGAAGUGUUGAGGAGGGGGAUUUCGGGUUUGGAUGAGGAUAAGGAGGGGAAUAAAGGGGGCCCGGCUGGGUACCUUGCGUGGAAGAUGAUGGAAGAGGGGAACUAUAGAGAUGCCGCCAAGUUUGUGAUUCACCUUAGAGAGUGUGGGCUGAAGCCAGAAGUAUACAGCCAUCUGAUUGCGAUGACGGCAGUAGUGAAGGAGCUCAACGAAUUCGCAAAAGCAUUACGCAAGUUGAAAGGCUUCACCAAGUCCGGUCUCGUUGCUGAGCUCGAUGCAGACAACGUUCUCCUCAUCGAGAACUACCAAGAAGAUCUUCUGGCCACCGGGCUCCGCCUCUCAAACUGGGUAAUCGAGGAGGGAGGUCCGUCGCUCCAUGGCGUUGUCCACGAGCGACUCCUGGCUAUGUACGUCUGUGCUGGACGAGGGAGCGAGGCUGAGGGACAGCUGUGGCAAAUGAAGCUUGCUGGUAAGCAGGCCGAUGGGGAUCUGUACGACAUUGUCCUGGCUAUAUGUGCGUCGCAGAAGGAGAGCAGCUCGGUCGGGAGGCUCCUCACCCGAAUGGACGUCGCGAGCUCGUUCCAGCGGAAGAAGACGCUGUCGUGGCUGCUGAGAGGCUACAUCAAAGGCGGCCACUUCAAGAGCGCGGCCGAGACUGUGAUCAAGAUGCUCGACAUGGGAUUGCAUCCGGAGUUCCUCGACAGAGUCGCGGUGCUGCAGGGACUGAGCCGGAGAAUUCAGCAGGGCGGGAACGUCGAUGCCUACCUCACGCUGUGCAAACGCCUGUCAGAUGCGAACCUCAUCGGGCCGACUCUCCUCUACCUUCAUUUGAGGAAACACAAGCUUUGGAUCAUCAAGAUGCUCUGAGUUACUAUGAGCUAAGGUGGCAAGGAUUUGUCUGAUAUAUAUAUAUAUAUAUAUAUAUAUAUAUAUAUAUGAAUAAGAUUAUGAGCAUGUAGAUUUUGUGUAUAGAUCAAUGUUUUAUAGAUCAAUGUUUCUGGAAAUAAAUACAUAUGUUGUAUAUAGAGUAUAAAUCAUGAAAUUACAUACAUCAUGGAUUGGCAUCUCUGAUUCUAUGUGAUUUACUGUUGUAAGUAUAAGACUGCACAUAUGAUAUUCACUCCAUACCACGAUAA